UGUGAAAUGUUCAAACGUGUUAGCACAGUGUAUUCUGGGAGUUGUAGUUCUAUUGGCGUCUGCUUGUUGUUAUCUCAGAUGGGCCCGAGUGCUUGCAAUCUGGGAUUAGUAGUUUAAAUUUAGGGUAAUCGCUACAACAGUCAAGUUUUUCCUUUUCACAAAACUACGAAUCCCGGCGAACCUCAUCUUGAUGUCAAUAUGGCUGCUGUCACACAGACAAAGAAUGUCUCACUACACAGACGAGCCGCGGUUCACUAUUGAGCAAAUCGAUCUUCUGCAGCGUCUCCGCCGGACGGGGAUGACUAAACAUGAGAUACUGCAUGCCCUGGAAACCCUGGAGCGUCUGGACCGCGAGCAUGGGGACAAGUUUGGCCGCCGGCCAGCCUACAGCGGGAUGAGCACCACCACUUCUACCAGUAAUAUGGCAGCCUCUUCCACCAUCACCAUCGCCACGCAGACCCAGUGCCGCAGGCUUUCGCCCUCCCCCAGCAACAGCUACGACACCUCCUCGCCCCUCAGCAGCGCCACAGCCAAUCACAAUGGCAAAGAGAGUAUGUCUACCACUCCCAACGGGAAGCUGUCACCAAGCCGAUACCCCACCAAUAGUGUGGGUCAAAGGUUGUAUAACUUUGAAGCCACAGAGGAAGAGCUGGACAUCGAUGACAAGGUGGAGGAACUCAUGAGGAGAGAUAGCAGCAUCAUUAAGGAGGAGAUCAAGGCCUUCCUGGCAAAUCGUCGGAUCUCACAGGCUGUGGUGGCUCAGGUGACAGGUAUCAGCCAGAGCCGUAUCUCCCACUGGCUGCUGCAGCAGGGCUCUGACUUGAGUGAGCAGAAGAAGAGGGCUUUUUACAGGUGGUACCAGCUGGAGAAGACCAGCCCAGGCGUCACCCUGAACAUGCGUCCUGCCCCCAUCGCCAUGGAGGACCCCGAGUGGAGACAGACCCCACCCCCGGUUAGCUCCACUCCAGGCAGCUUCCGGCUGCGUAGGGGUAGCCGCUUCACCUGGAGGAAGGAGUGCCUGGCUGUGAUGGAGAGCUAUUUCAAUGAAAACCAGUACCCUGAUGAAGCUAAAAGAGAAGAGAUUGCCAAUGCCUGCAAUGCUGUGAUUCAGAAGCCAGGGAAAAAGCUAUCAGACUUGGAGAGAGUCACCUCCCUGAAGGUCUACAACUGGUUUGCAAACCGACGGAAGGAAAUCAAGAGAAGAGCUAAUAUUGAAGCAGCAAUCCUGGAGAGCCAUGGGAUUGAUGUGCAGAGUCCAGGAGGACACUCCAAUAGUGACGACAUUGAUGGCAAUGACUACUCCGAGCAGGAUGACAGUACCAGCCACAGUGACCACCAGGAUCCGAUCUCUCUAGCUGUGGAAAUGGCUGCUGUCAAUCACACCAUAUUAGCACUGGCAAGACAAGGCGGGGCCGGGGAGAUCAAGACAGAGGUGCUGGAUGACGACGACUGAGGUUCUCGCAUGAGGAACUUGGGGGGGAAGGGAGAGGAAGUUAGAGUAUGUGGUGACCAAAACAAUUCUCGUUUAGCGCCUUUGCAGAUCUGCUCUGUCCUGAAUUUCUCUAAUCCCCUUUCAGCAACAUAAUGUUUGUAACAUGAAUUUAUAUGCUCGUCCAUUUAAAAGAGAAAACUAAAAAAAAGCCCAGCCUGUUUACCUCACUUGGCAUGGUGCUGUUUGCCUUGGCUUUCAUAUGCCUAGCAUUAGAGAUAAAGGACCCCGACCCCUCCUUCAAGUAGUACAAUUCAAGCAGACUCCCUCAGUUGUUAUAAGUGAUUCCAAUGUCCUUGCGUUUGAUGUAAAUAUGCUUCCUUUA